UGAGAACUCUUCUAGAAUAAUGAUGUGUGGCUUGCUUCUUAAUGUUAUACCGCUGAAAUCUUGUAGAGAAAAUGCAGAAAAAGUAAUAUGGAAGUAAUUCCUUGCAGAAAUAUGCAGCUAAAUAGAUGCAGUAACCACCUCACAUCUCCAGGGUCAGUAGUGUAGUAAUUGGCAUAUCCUCAGACCAGUACAUAAGAGAGGAUGAACAGAGGCUUUUGGAGUUGCAAGUCAGGCAGAAGGCAUUGUAUAGUUUGGAUAUGGUCUGCUGAAGUAAAUGGCUCAUUAAAGAAAUUUAUUUAAGGAAAGGGUUCGACUACAUCACUGAACAGUUGGAAACUCGCAGUUUGCUGUUACUUUGAUUUUUGGAAGUUGUGACUGAUAUGCUAAUCCACCAUGGCAAUGUGGUCACGCGCUGCAGUGCUAAAACUUUAUCGUUCUUUGCUGCGUGAGGGGCGUCAACUUAAGUACACUGACCGUGAGUUUUACCUCUCCUUCGUCCAGCGUGAGUUCCGUAAAAACAAGGAUCUGAUUCGACCUGAAGACAAGGAAAGGCAACUGGAAAAAGGGAUGUUCUUACUUCAGAAUAAGUUGGGAGGCCUUGUAUAAAA